AUGAAUGACCAAGAUUUAUUGUUUUUUAAAGUAUUUAGAAAUAAAUUUAUUAAUAGGAUUUUAUUUGAAAAAAUCAAACAACCAAACAGACAAUUAUAUUAUACAACAUAUAGUUUUUAUGAUUUCCCUUUAGAAUUAGUUAUAAAAACACAAAAUCAACAAGUUUUUAAAGAGAAAUUAAAUCUUUUUAAUUUAUAUAAAAAUAAACAAAAAUUCAUUAAUAAUAAUAAAAUUGAAAUUAAAAGAGCAUACCAAUAUUCUUUAGAUUUUAAUAUUGAAAUAUUUGAAUUAAUAUUAGUAUGGAAAGAAUUGGAAAUUGAUUUAUUUAUUGAAUUUUUUAAAUUAUUUAAAAAAGAAAUUGAAAAGGAAUUAAAACAAUCUUCAAAAGAAAUUAUUAAAAAUUUACUUGAAAAAUCAUCAAAAAAAGAAUAUAAUAAUAUAAAUUUAAAUAUUUUAAAUUAUUUAUUUAAAGAAUUUUCAGAAAUUAAAAUUUUUUUUAUUUUUCAAAUUAAAAAUCAUGCAAAGAGAUAUACAGUACAUCAAUCAUUUUCAAAAUUAUUAAAUGAUUUAAAUAAAGAAUUAAUAAUUAAAUUUGGUGAAUAUUCAGGUUGUUAUAACAACGAAAAAGAUGAUGAUAACAGUGAAGAUUUCUUUAAACUGGCAAAUAAUUAUCUUUAUGAAAUCAUUUUUAAAGAUGAUGAAAAUGGUCAAAACCAAUUUUACUCAAAAUUAUUAUCAAUAUUUCCAAAAACUGAAAAAACCAAUUUACAUCACACUAUACCACUAUUUAUUAACUUGUUUGAAAAAUUAAUUCAAAGAAAUAAUUUCAAAUUAUUGAAAUUAAUUUUUUCAAAAUUAAAUAAUAUUAAUGUAUCAGAGAAUGUUGAUGAAAUGAUCUCAAUUUUUAAUUUCAAAAUUUCAAGUUGUUUUUUUGUUUUAAACACUGAAAUCUUUAAUACACCAACAACUCAAGAUUCUGAAAUGAUGCAAUUAUUUAGUGCAACACUACAAAAAAAAAUAUUUAAUUCAGUUUUAAGUUUUGGUUUUAAAAAAUUUUAUAUUAAUGGUCCAGAUUAUUAUGAUUUCACCACAACACAAUUUUAUAAAAAUUUUUCAAAUUUUCCAUCAAUAUAUAGUGGUGAUUUAAUUUUAUCUUCACGUAGUUUUAAAUUUAAACAAACAUGUUUAAGAUCUUCAACAUCAAAUAAUAAUAAUAAUGAAAAGAUUUUAAAUAAUUGUAUGGAUAUUGAAUAUUAUAAAAGUAAUUUUUUUAAUGAAAAUUUAAAUUGGUUUGAUGUUUAUAUUGGAAAAUUUGGUUUUGAUAUAAAAAGAUUAAAAGAAAUCAUUGAAUUAGGUUAUUAUGAUAUGAUAAAUCAUAUAUUUAAAAAAGGGUAUUAUAAAAUAAUAGAUUUUAAAAAUAGUAAUAAAUUAUUACAUGAUUUAUUUAUUACAAUAUUAUUAUCAAGUGAUAAUUUAAAUAAUAGUAGUUUACAAUUAUUAAUUAAUUUUAUAUCACCAAUGGUAAAUGAUAUUAUAAAAUCAAAACAAAGGGAAUUCUUUUUCAAUGAAUCAAUACCAAUUGAUAGAUUAAAAAGAAUUGAAUAUUUUAAAAUUAUUCAAAAAAUUGAAGGAUAUCAUGAAAUGAAAUUAAAUAAUGAUAUGGAAAUAUUAAAAAACCCAAAUUUAUAUGUUAAUAAUUCAUUUCAAAUUAAUUAUUUAAAGAAAAGAUUAAAUCAAUUUGAACAAUCUCAAUUUAAAAAUUUAUUAUAUUUUAGUUUAAAAAGUAAGAAUUUUAAAUUUAUUUCAAAGUGUAUUUCAUUUUUGGUGAAAAACGGUCAAGAUAGGUUAAUUAAUAUAAUAGAUAUUUUAAAAUUACUUUUAUUUUCAAGUAUUGGAAAAUUUGAAGGAAAUUUAAAGUUUUUCUUUUACAUAAUUAAAGUUUUCAAUUACCAAUUACCAUUUAAAUCAACUAAUGAUAUUGAGAAUUAUGAAAACUUUAUUUUACAAGAUUUGGAUUAUGAUUAUCAAUUAUUUGAUUUAACAUUUGGUAUUCAAUUUAUAAUUUCUUCAAUUGAAUUUUAUUUUACAAUAAUUUUUAAAAUGAAUAUUAAACAAAUUAAUCGUUUAUAUUAUAAUGGAUUCAAAAGUAAAAUAAAUGUACACCAACACUUGCUUCCAACUUAUUUUAUAAACUAUUGUCAAUUAGGCACAAAAAAUUCAGAAUAUUUAAAAUUUUUUAAUCUUUUAGAUUUGGUAGAUUCCAUUAAUGAUAAAAAAAAAGAAACAAAUUAA